CCGGCUCCCCGGCACGCGGACCAUGGAGUAGGCGGGCGGCCCCACGAAAGCGCUCCAGCAGCCCGCGAGGCCCGAGCUAGCCCCGAGGUGUCCUGGCCAGCGGCGCGGCGGACUUGGCCCCGCGGCGGAUCCUCCUCCUCCCGUCGGUCCUCCCUGCUCCUCCUCCACCUCCUCCUCCUCCUCCGCUCCCCUCCCUGCAGCCCCCGCCACCCCCGCCGCGCCGCCGCCCCAGGCCGAGCGCGGACGCCGAGCAAGCGUGGGAGCCAUGGCGAGCCAGCAGCACCGGGACCCUGAGCGCAGAGACGCCACGGAGCGGGACAGCGGCCAGGGAGACGAAGAGGAGCAGGAGAAGGAGGAGGAGGAGGAGGAAGAAGAGGAGGAGGAAGAGGAGGAGGAGGAGGAGGAGGAGGGAGGGCUGGGCUACAGCCCAGAGGAGGAGUACGAGGCCGAAGACGACGAUACCAGCAGCUACCGGGAGGACGACGAGGACGAGGAGUGGGCGCGCAACGAGGACGCGCGGCGGCUGGAAGCGGGGCUGCCGCGGGGCCCCGAACCCGCUCCGGCCUCCGGCCACUGCCGGAGCCGCGGUAGCGGCUCUCAUCGGCGCGACGGGCCGAGGAUGCGGUUGCGCGAAGAGGCGUUGCGCGAGCGUCGCCGAGCCCGCCGGAGGGACCUGAUGCUCAGCCAGCUCUGCUUCCUGGCCCUGGUGGCGCUGCUGCUCUGGUCGCUCGCGUGCAUGCAGGAGCGGAACGAACUUCACUUAACGGACCUCUUCGGGAAAAACCGACGGUGGAUGGUGGGGAGGAGGUUACUGCAGGUGAACGAUACUCUGACUUCAGAAGAUACAGGGCUCUGGAGCAACAAGAACUGCACAGAACCAGCCCUGAAUGAGUUUCCCAGUGACAUCUUCACCAAUGAGGACAGGAGGCAGGGAGCUGUGGUUCUUCAUGUGCUCUGUGCUAUGUAUAUGUUCUACGCACUGGCCAUCGUAUGUGACGACUUCUUUGUCCCCUCCUUGGAAAAAAUCUGUGAGCGCCUGAACCUCAGUGAAGAUGUAGCAGGAGCCACAUUCAUGGCAGCAGGCAGUUCGGCUCCAGAGCUCUUUACAUCAGUUAUAGGUGUCUUCAUCACCAAGGGCGACGUAGGCGUUGGAACCAUUGUGGGCUCUGCUGUGUUCAACAUCCUGUGCAUCAUUGGUGUCUGUGGACUCUUUGCAGGGCAGGUUGUGGCUCUUUCUUCCUGGUGUCUGCUGAGAGACUCCAUUUACUACACGCUGUCCGUGGUCGCGCUUAUCGUGUUUAUUUAUGAUGAAAAAGUUUCCUGGUGGGAGUCUUUAGUCCUUGUGAUGAUGUAUCUGAUCUACAUUAUCAUCAUGAAAUAUAAUGGUUGCAUACAUCAGUGCUUCGAAAGGAGGACUAAAGGUGCUGGGAACAUGGUUAAUGGCUUAGCCAACAAUGCUGAGAUUGACGACAGCAGCAACUGUGAUGCCACUGUGGUGCUUCUUAAGAAAGCCAAUUUCCACCGCAAAGCAUCUGUGAUUAUGGUAGAUGAACUGCUGUCAGCCUACCCCCACCAGCUUUCUUUCUCUGAGGCCGGACUCCGAAUCAUGAUCACCAGCCACUUCCCCCCCAAGACUCGACUCUCCAUGGCCAGCCGCAUGUUGAUCAAUGAGAGACAAAGAUUGAUCAACAGCAGGGCUUAUGCCAAUGGAGAAUCUGAGGUGGCCAUCAAAAUCCCAAUUAAGCACGCAGUGGAGAAUGGAACAGGGCCCAACAAUGCCCCCGACAGAGGUGUGAAUGGAACCCGCAGGGACGACAUUGUGGCUGAAGCUGGCAAUGAGACAGAGAAUGAGAAUGAGGACAAUGAGAACAAUGAAAAUGAUGAGGAAGAAGAAGAUGAGGAAGAGGAUGAAGGACCAUACACGCCCUUCGACCCUCCCUCUGGAAAAUUGGAAACUGUGAAAUGGGCGUUCACCUGGCCACUGAGUUUGGUUUUAUACUUCACUGUCCCCAAUUGCAACAAGCCCCGCUGGGAAAAAUGGUUUAUGGUGACAUUUGCUUCCUCCACGUUAUGGAUCGCAGCCUUCUCCUACAUGAUGGUGUGGAUGGUCACUAUCAUCGGCUACACCCUGGGGAUCCCUGAUGUCAUCAUGGGGAUCACCUUCCUGGCUGCCGGAACCAGUGUGCCUGACUGCAUGGCCAGCCUCAUUGUGGCCAGACAAGGCAUGGGAGACAUGGCAGUUUCCAACUCCAUUGGGAGCAAUGUAUUUGACAUCCUUAUCGGUCUGGGUCUCCCAUGGGCGCUGCAGACUCUAGCUGUGGAUUAUGGAUCCUAUAUCCGGCUGAACAGCAGGGGACUGAUUUAUUCUGUGGGCUUGCUCCUGGCCUCUGUCUUUGUCACGGUGUUCGGCGUUCAUCUUAACAAGUGGCAACUGGACAAGAAGCUGGGGUGCGGGUGCCUUUUCCUGUAUGGCGUGUUCCUGUGUUUCUCCAUCAUGACAGAGUUCAACGUGUUCACCUUUGUGAACCUGCCUAUGUGUGGGGACCAGUGAUGGGCCAGGCUGCCCGCCACAGUGCGGCUCCUUCUUCCUGUGCAAUACAAGACCCUCCGCACCCUGAGUCACGCAGGCCCCAGGUUGGGCUGGGCGUUACUUUCCCGCUGUUAACCGGCCUCUGCUCCUGCCUCGGUGGCCCAGGCUCUCCCUGUUCCUUCCCUCAUUCCCCUUUCUCCUUUUCGGGUCCUCCCUGCCACCCUGUGUGCCCUCCCACCUCCUCCAUGUGAAGAUUCUGACAUUCACGUGAAUUUUCAAGCUCCAUUUUUGAACAGUGACUGAAAUUCUAGAAAAACUGGCUGCUAACUGGCCCAAGCCAGGGAAAACUUAUAAUGACCCCCUCCUCGUUUUUUUUUAAGUUAUUGAAUGGAAGACGAACCUAAUUUAUGUAUGACCUGAGACUGUCAAAGAGAUAGAGAGGUGAGGAGAGGGUCCACUGAGUAGAGGAAGUGUUGGGGAUUUGAUUUGGUGUAGAGGUGAUUCCUAGGUGACUGGGUUUGGGGUGUUGUUUUGCUUUGGAAGUGUUCCGUCCUUUACUCACUUUCUUCCAGAGAUGGGGUGCUUCUCUUGCAUCCGUCUUCACUGGACUCUGCACUAGUCAGUGGUCCCCAGGUUGUCCCUACUGUGCCUUUUGGGAUGGAAUCCCAGGGCCUGUUGGCAUAUGGAUGGGUUGAGUGUGUGUUAGAGGAACAGCAGGGGAGGCCAUAUUGCUUCAUGCCCAUUGCUGCCUUCCUCCAGUCCUGUGGGCAUUACCUAGGGGAGUUGCAAGGUUUCUUAGACAGAAGAUGGCUCUCCUCAUACCCAUUAUGGCCAUCACUUUCUCACUAGGUUCUUUCUAGUCUUUCAAGCAAUAGUUCUAGUGCGCCUGAGGCCUUGGACGAGGGGCCCUGGUUAAACUACUCAUCUGAGAAGAGCCAGGCAGUCAGCUACAAGAAGAGUCCCAACGUGUUAGGCCCUGAGAUGUGCUCUUGUUGCUUGGAAUUUGAGGUGACGGGGCCACCCAGAGGCCACCACUGCUUUCCGUGCAGGAGUAACAGACACUGGUUUCUUGGAAAAUGGAGACAAGCGCACUUUGCACAGACAUCGUCAAUAAAGUCCCAAUUUGCCACUCGGUAUUGAGUACACUGGACCCUGGCAGCUGGUGCUUGGGCCAAUGUCCUGCCUCAUGGGACAUCACCACCAAGCUGUCCCAGCUGUCCCCCUCCCCUCUUGGAGGGACUGCAAGGAAAAGAAAAAAAUAAUAAUAAAAGAAAGAACUGUCCCCUCAGAACCACAGAAUGUGUUCAAUGCAGACUUGCUCACGGGAAUAAGUUAUUGUGAACGUUAUUGCCAAUCACUGCUCAACAGCCCUGCUAGAUUUUAUAUGAUGCUGAAUUAUUAUGCAGACUAAUUCCACCAAUUGAGACCCACCCAUGCUUGUUACACUUGUAUUUAUUGAAACUGUGGAUUCUUGCCUGUGCUGACCCUUGUAUUUACUUUAAGCACUGAUCACUUAUCCAUUCGGUAUGGUUUUUCCCAUCCCCUGUAUACAUUCUGGUAUGAAUUAUACAAAUAAUCUGCUACAAAUUGGUUGGAUUUUUCCACUGAAGGUGCAAACCAAGGGCAGCAUUCGCUGAUGGGGCACCUGUCCAAAAGAGGAAUGGGAGAGGAAAUGACCAGUUUGGGCUCUCAGAGCUAAGACACACUUACUGAUUCUCUUGCACAUUUUGCACUGGUUUAUGGCGAUUGUUUUCUCGGACGGAUAGUGUAAAAUAAACUUCUCUGUUCUGUA